CAAUGUUGUUUACGUAAUAAACAAUUUUAAAUUUCGAGACAAAAAACAUGUUUUCAACAUCAAUCAACCAGAUUUUUAUUUACACAGUUAAAUUAACAGACUAACAAGUUUAUCGACCGACACAAAAAGAAACCAUUUACAGUUGUAAAAGUGACAUAAUAUAAAAUACAUGUGUGCAUCAUUUUGUUUUUUACCCGUUUGUUUACCUGUCGCCUGUUUCGGAAAUGUAUAUCACAAUUAAACCUUGCUCAUCAAUACGGAUAUCCCAUCAAUUAAACAGCCUGUCCGGUGAUUACAGAAGGAAUAUGUUUUAACAACAAAUGCAACACUCGUAUACACCAUUGAACCCAUCCUUAAUCUCUUCACAUUAAGUUUUCUUAUAUUUUUUUACAUUUAAUUGUUUUCACUUUCAUGAAUUGAUCAUCGAUACUUAUUUUCUUUAGUCAUACUUCUCGUGAUAAAACAUAUUUGUAAAGUUAUGUGCCAACAUUGGCUUUUCAGCAGCUCAAAUUAUUUGGUGACAUAACUGUUUCUUUUUUUGAUAACUAAAAACUAUUUUAAAUAAUCUGACCAUCACACCCGUUGUCAGUGAACAUGUGGUUGCUUCUCCUGUUGAUCAGGGGCCUUAUAUUUUUCUCAUUUUUUUCCAUAUCAUCGAGUGCUUUGUCCGUCAAUAAGGAGUCAAUCAUAUCAAAAAAUGGAAAGGAUAUUGCCAUUGAAGGAAGUGGUUCAAUACCAACAAAUGAAAUAUUAAGUGAUGAUGAAGAUUUUUACCCAGAUUUAAUGAAGCCUGGUAGUCAUCCCUCGCCAAUGGAAUUUUCUGGUGAUGGCUCAUUGGAUCAUAAUGAUCAUGAAAAUAUCCCUGGUAGUAACAAGGGUCACACUAGUAUAACCUCAGAUAAACAUAAUCCUGGUGAUGACGAGGAUGAUGGUGACAAUGAGGACGAUGAAGAUGAUGAUGACGAAGACGAUGAUGAAGGAUCAGGAGAUUCACCAAUAAAAGUAACGAAUGGAGGCUCCGAUUUUUCAUUUUCCACCAAAGAAACUAUCACAGAUGAUGAUCACUUGAAGCCAUAUGAUAAAAAACCAGAUACAACGAUUAAUGAAUCAGAUGAAUCUGAGGAAAAACAUAAUAUACCUAUUGAUGAAGACGAAUCCUCCAACAAAAAUUUCUUCCCAGAUGUUAUUGAAACAUCAACUAAACAGCAUAAACCAAAUCACGAUAUUGACCAUGAAGAUCAUGAUCAGGAUCCAAAUACUCUGGGAAAUGAUAUUUCAUUAUUGGGACGCAAGCAAGAUACAAGACCUGUUUCAUUCUUCGCCCAACCUAGCAUGUUAGCAGCUGUAAUUGGAGGUACUGUUGUAAGUUUAUUGUGUGCCAUAUUAUUAGCCAUGUUUAUAAUUUAUCGAACAAGGAAGAAAUACGAAGCAAGCUAUAUCUGUGAACCCAAUCUAACAUCGCCGGUCAUUAGUCAUUACGGAAAGGGAAGCAGCAACAAAUUUUUUGACCCAGAAUAAGAUGUUUUUCAUACGAAACAAAUGUAAUUUUAACCUGGAGAUUUUUGUGAAAAGAAAAUGGAAAGUCGAAAAAAAGAUUAACUCAUCAUUUUGAGUUGAAUUCAAAAAUACUUUUCUUACACUGCUUUCUACUAACUCUAUGCUAAUCUCUUGUAUCUUUUUACUCUUUUUUGACAACUUCUAACUCUGCUCUUCUAUUCUAUCUUCAUCUCUUUUCUUCUCUUCACUUCCUCUCCAUUUCUCUCUUCUCAAUUGCUCAUAUUCACACUUUCACAUCCAUUUGUAUUCUUAUUUGUUUAUGCCAGUGAUGAUAAUCAUCACCAUCCAGAGAUAUUCAGUUACCUGUCUGAGGUACCCUAAAAGAUGCUUUUGUAUCAGUUAAUCAACUUUAUUUACGACACACAGAAAGCAUUUCAACCAGCACCAAUAUCAACCACAAUAUCAACCUAAUUUUGGAAACAAACGAGAAAUCUACUGAAUCGACAUGUUUUUUAUAUUAUAUCAAGAUAAUUGAAUACAUGAUUCUAAUGUGAAAAUAUUAAAUUUAUUA